AUGCAAUGGUCUAAGAUUAAUUUUCAAUUGAGUGAAAAAGAGGCACGUUUACGUGAUUGUAACGAUGAAAUCGUACAGACAAUGGUCGAAUAUGCUGAUCGUGAAAAAAUAAACACAACAUUAAGAAACAGUUUACAAGGAUAUGCAGGAUAUUUAUCUGCCGUCGAAGAUUAUAGAAACACAUUAAUUACUCGAAUUGAAUCACUCGUCUUAGAACCAUUAGCCAAGUAUGGUGAAGUCAUGAAAUUAAAAAAGCAAGCAGUUCAAAAAGCAAUAAAUGCACGAGACAAAGGUGUACAACGUCAGCGUAAAUUACAGCAAACAAGAACUAGAGAUCCGAAUAAUCGUGAUGCAAUUGUGACGAUGCAAGUUCAAUCUGAAUAUGCACAAACAGAAUCAUCACGCGCUGAUCGCGUUGUACAAGAUGAAAUUGAUAAGUUCGAAGAAUUGAAAUUAAACGAUAUGAAAAAAUUGCUGACCGAUUUUACAUUAGUUCAUUUAGCAUUUCAUGCUCGGGCUUUAGAAAUGUAUACAAAUGCUCAUCAAAAUUUAUUAAAUAUUGAUGUUGCGCAUGAUCUUGAAGAAUUUAGAACAACUGCACCCUUUCGUCGUUUACAGCCAUCUCAACGAAGUGUUAGUGAUAACGCAUUGAAUAAACGUACAGACAAUCGAUUGGUUGAUCGACGUGAAGGAGAAUUUGGAUCAAGACAUAGUUUACCGGCGGAUAACACAUACAUGACUCGUACAGGGAGCGGUGGUCAUAGAAAACAGCAUAGUCCAAUACAUGAACAUGGAAAACGGCCUACGACUGCCUCAACAGGACCGAAAGGAAAAAUAUCUCAUGAUUCAUAUUCGUCCGAUUCAGAUUCGACUCAAGAAUGA